AGAUUACAUUAUAACUUCUGUGUUAGGAUGGAGGAAAAGGGAGAAUAACUUGAAUACAUUGUCAAUGAAAUAUAUGUCCAAUAAGUGAGCACCAUGCUUUCUAUUAUAAACAUGUAUGGGAUGUUCUAGAAUGCAGUGACAUAUGAGGAUGUGCAUGUGAACUUUACUCGGGAAGAAUGGGCUUUGCUGGAUCCUUCCCAGAAGAGUCUCUACACGGAUGUGAUGCUGGAGACCUACAGGACCCUCAGAGCUAUAGGCAUCUUCAAACGGAAGACAGAACUCACACUGGAGAGAAAACCUAUGAAAGUGUGCAAUGUAAUGAAGUGCUUUCGAGUCACAAUCAUCCUCACAUAUAUAAAGGAAUGCUUACUGGAGCCUUUGUACCUUAUACUGGUGGUCCAAUGCAUAGAAGAACACAGGCAGGGGAUAAACCCAGUGACUGUAACUCACUUGGUAAAGCCUGUGCAUGUCACAGCCACCUGCAAAGCCAUAAAAGAACACAUACUACAGAGAAGCCCUAUGAAUGUAACCAAUGUGGUAAAGACUUUGCAUAUCCCAGUGAUCUUCAAAGUCAUAAAAGAACACAUACUGGAGAGAAGCCCUAUGAAUGUAAACAAUGUGAUAAAACCUUUGCUUGUCAUAGUGAUCUUCAAAGGCAUGAAAAGACACAUACUGGAGAGAAGCCCUAUGAAUGUAACCAAUGUGGUAAAGCCUAUUCACGAUUCAGUAGUCUUUCGAGUCAUAAAAGAACACAUACUGGAGAGAAGCCCUAUGAAUGUGACCAAUGUGGUAAAGCCUUUUCAUGGAAGAAUUGUCUUCAAAAUCAUAAAAGAUCACAUACUGGAGACAAGCCCUAUGAAUGUAACCAAUGUGGUAAAGCCUUUUCAUGGAAGAAUUGUCUUCAAAUUCAUAAAAGAUCACAUACUGGAGACAAGCCCUAUGAAUGUAUCCAAUGUGGCAAAGCCUUUACUAGUCACCACCAUCUUCAAAGGCAUGAAAGGACACAUACUGGAGAGAAGCCCUUUGAAUGUAACCAAUGUGGUAAAACUUUUGCUUGUCACAGAGAUCUUCAGAGGCAUGAAAGAACACAUACUGGAGAGAAGCCUUAUGAAUGUAACCAAUGUGGUAAAGCCUUUUCACGAUUCAGUAGUCUUUCGAGUCAUAAAAGAACACAUACUGGAGAGAAGCCCUAUGAAUGUGACCAAUGUGGUAAAGCCUUUUCUUGGAAGAAUUGUCUUCAAAAUCAUAAAAGAUCACAUACUGGAGACAAGCCCUAUGAAUGUAUCCAAUGUGGCAAAGCCUUUACUCGUCACCACCAUCUUCAAAGGCAUGAAAGGACACAUACUGGAGAGAAGCCCUUUGAAUGUAACCAAUGUGGUAAAACCUUUGCUUGUCACAGAGAUCUUCAGAGGCAUGAAAGAACACAUACUGGAGAGAAGCCCUAUGAAUGUGACCAAUGUGGUAAAGCCUUUUCAUGGAAGAAUUGUCUUCAGAUUCAUAAAAGAUCACAUACUGGAGACAAGCCCUAUGAAUGUAACCAAUGUGGUAAAGCCUUUUCAUGGAAGAAUUGUCUUCAAAUUCAUAAAAGAUCACAUACUGGAGACAAGCCCUAUGAAUGUAUCCAAUGUGGCAAAGCCUUUACUCGUCACCACCAUCUUCAAAGGCAUGAAAGGACACAUACUGGAGAGAAGCCCUUUGAAUGUAACCAAUGUGGUAAAACCUUUGCUUGUCACAGAGAUCUUCAGAGGCAUGAAAGAACACAUACUGGAGAGAAGCCCUAUGAAUGUAACCAAUGUGGUAAAGCCUUUUCACGAUUCAGUAGUCUUUCGAGUCAUAAAAGAACACAUACUGGAGAGAAGCCCUAUGAAUGUGACCAAUGUGGUAAAGCCUUUUCAUGGAAGAAUUGUCUUCAAAAUCAUAAAAGAUCACAUACUGGAGACAAGCCCUAUGAAUGUAACCAAUGUGGCAAAGCCUUUACUCGUCACCACCAUCUUCAAAGGCAUGAAAGGACACAUACUGGAGAGAAGCCCUUUGAAUGUAACCAAUGUGGUAAAACCUUUGCUUGUCACAGAGAUCUUCAGAGGCAUGAAAGAACACAUACUGGAGAGAAGCCCUAUGAAUGUGACCAAUGUGGUAAAGCCUUUUCAUGGAAGAGUUGUCUUCAGAUUCAUAAAAAAACACAUACUGAAGUGAAGCCCUUUGAGUGUAGCCAAUGUGGUAAAGCCUUUACUUGUCAUAGCCGUCUUCAAAGCCAUAAAAGAACACAUAAUGGA